AUGCCAUUACUCGAGUUACCCAACGACAUCCUUGUUGCUAUCCUCCAAGAGCUUGAACUUUCCGGGCUCUCCGUUUUAUCAAGGACAUGUAAGACACUAGAAGCGCUGGUUAAUAAUUUCGGUUGGGCAGACUAUCGCCGCAGAAAUCCACGACCCUCUCAUAGUCUUGCCUCUGCACAGGCUCUGUGGUCUUCCAAAUUCCAUGUUCGUUAUGACACGCUGGCAGACCGUUCAUGGAAGCGCUCCAGGUGCAGAACAGACUUCGUCGCGCGGCCCCUUGCUCGCCCUUGGAAAGGGAAACUACAACCCGUACUCGCUAUCAACGAUUACCGGCUCGUCGUCGGUUCUGGAAUCACCAUAUACUUUUACAUUUUCGUCGCAUCAGCCGGUGAUGAGGUAUCAUCCGUCGAAUUCGAGAGAGCGGUUGUCCUGAGUGCUCGCAGUGGUCAAAGACGCGACAUCACGGCGAUGACGUUCAUCAAUGGACCGAAAGAAACCUUGCUCGUAGGGUUUCAGAACGGAGAGAUAGAAGAGAUCGUACUCGAGGAUGACACUGUGAAGUUGUUCUCCCGCGACUUAUCGGAUUUGCAUGUCGGCGCCUUGGUUGAACACCUUUCCUAUGACAACAAUAUGCUUCUAUCCCUUUCUUCCGAUGGUUUAGCCGCUUUAACCAACCUUUCGGUGACGCCUUGCACUUCUUCCGGUGUAGAACUUCAGAAACGAAGCUGGGUGUCGCACCUAUGCAUGCAGUCGUCUAUCCCCUAUGCCGCAUAUGGCACUUCUUCGGUCACUCCUUUAGCCAUUCACUCCAUUACAAAUGGUGGCCUAACCCAGACACCUACCGUCGUCCUGGGCAUGAAGGGAUACACAUCCGCCACGUCGCCAUCGUCGGCUGUCUAUGGCAUUUGCCGUGCUCCCCUAGCCGCUCCGUGGGGCUCGUCUCCUGAAAUCAUAGUUUCCGGAUGGUAUGAUGGGCAAGUCCGCUGCUACGACCUCCGGUCGGCACUCAGAGGCCCUAGUGUCUCAGGAUCACAUUCCCCCCUUCUGCCCGUCUUGUACCUUUCUGAUCCAUUACAGUACGAACCUAUUUAUUCCGUCUCGUGUGGUGGUGGCUCUUCCAGUCACGUCGCAGCAGGCUCAGCACGCCAUAGCGUCGUGUCAUUCUGGGAUAUCAGAUCGCCUGCGAAGGGAUGGAGUGUCCAUGCUCCGGGUAACGACUCAUCACCCGUCUACGAUGUAAUUUUGGAAAGCUCCCGGCUUUUCGGUGCCACACAGAGCCGACCGUUCGUCUUGGACUUUGGACCCGGUGUGUCUGCAAGGACGUACCCUCAUAUCCCCCGUCCCGAGCGCGAUGGUCUCAAAAAGGGAAGAAAUUUCGGGUACUAUGUCACUCAAUACAUUCACAGGCCAUCAGCGUAG